AAUUUUUACCUUUAUUCGACAGAUGCUUUAUGAACCACAUCCAUAGUGAACAUCAGUUCACCUUGUAUCUCUUGAUAAAGCACCUUUAUUCACUUUACCACUCUUCAAGUUAUACCUAGCCCCGGAACCACAAACAACUCAGCGGGCCGUGUUUUCUCAGUCAAGUGAACCUUCUGCAAAGCAGGUCUCCAGAUGGCACAAGUCAGGUUGAUAAACAUUUGUAAUACCAAUGUAUUAAAGAUCCAGCAUUCGCUCAGUGAUGGGGAAAAAAACUACCUUUCUGGUAGAAAGCUUUGUGUUCAGAAAUGUCUGGUGAAGAACCACAUUUCUUGUACUUUGAGUAAGGUACCCAACAUCGCUAUACUUGGCUCUGGAGGGGGAGAGCGAGCCAUGGUUGGACUGCUGGGCUCCCUGUCCCAGAUGGGAGAGCAGGGGCUUCUGGACGCUGCCCUCUACAUGAGUGGUGUCUCUGGAUCAACAUGGUGCAUGGCUUCUCUUUAUGAAAAGGCUAAUUGGUCAUCAGACAUGAAGCACAUAAAGGUUGUUGCGGAAAGACUUGGGCACGGCAGUGUCAGCCUAAUGGACAGAGUUUGGCAUCUGAUCGGAUAUUAUCGAGCAAAUGCAAAUUUCUCACUGACAGAUGUCUGGGCUGCACUGGUAGUGCCUGCGAUUGUCAAGAAAAUAGACAAAUCGACCCUCUCAAACUACCAAAAGUGCCAUGACAAAGAUCCAUAUCCCAUCUAUACAAUCAUCAACCAGGACUGCAAAUACGAACAUUUGCAAAACGAAACCUUCUUUGAGCUAACCCCCCAUGAGGCCGGGUACACUCUUGCUGGAGCCUUUGUGGAAACCUCCAAUUUUGGAAGUAUCUUCAACAAGGGCGUUCUGACAACGAGCAAACCUGAGAUGGACAUGACAUAUCUUCAAGGUCUUUGUGGAAGUGCUCUUGCUGACAGGGAGGUCAUUCUGAAGAUAUUGAAGGAAUGGCUUGAAGAAGAGGCAGCGGCGUUGCAGAGCCAUGCUGGGCCGAGGUUAAUACUCCAGGUGUUAGAACUGAACUACUGCAUCCUCAGAGGAGAGGACUGGACUCAUUUGGUGGUUGAGUUGAACACCCUUCUCAAAGGGAAGAAGACGGUGAGUGGUAGAGAUUUGAUGAUCAACGAAGAUGAGUGGCUCGAAGCAGAUCUAAAGUCCAGGAAGAAAUUGGCACUUGGACUCUCUUUGGAAAUUUGCCAAUCGUUCUGGAGUUGGUUUCAAGACUUGAAGAAUGCGAUCUGGGAUUUCAUCGUCAAGAAAAUAUUGAAAUUUGUGGAAGGGUUGCUGAAGUUAUUCUGGAUUUGGGGAACCAAUUAUAAUUACCUCCACAGCGUGAACGCUCCACAUAUUGACCAAAGGCUUCUGCAGAGUGAAACCACUCACUUUGAGGACGCCGGUUUGCUAGUCAACUCUCCCUACAUGAGUGCACUGAGAGCUGAGCGAGAAAUAGAUCUGAUCAUCUCCUUUGACUUCAGUGCAGGAAGUCCAAUGGAGACUUUGACUGAAACAGCUAAAGAGUGUAAGGAUUUGGGCAUCUCCUUCCCAGCGAUCAAUUACUCACAAAGUGACAUGAGCUCCCCGAAGGGUUUCUAUGUGUUCAAGGGGGUGAACAAAGCCCCCACUGUAAUCCACAUUCCCUUAUUCAACGUUGACAACUGUGGGAGCGAGUUGGAGGAUUACAGAAAGAAGUAUGACACAUUCCAGGGAGCUUACAGCCCAGAGAUGAUCGAGGAUCUGAUGAAGAAGGCUGGUGAAAAUGUCUUAAACAACAAGGAGUACCUGUUGAGGGAGAUCAAGGACAUUAUCAAGCAGAAGUGACCCACUUCUGCUUGAAAAAAGCUCCAAUGCUUUUAUUGUUUACUCUUAUUACUUAAAUGUUUUUUCUGGAAAUUGAAAUGUGUUGAAAUACAAUAUGCGUUAAUCCUUGUAAUCAAAAUAUAUAUUUGGUAACAAAUUGUAAACAUAACCUACAGUACAUAAUAUGAACGAAAUAAGAGAGAUAAUGUGACUUCAUUUUCUGUAAUCGGCUAUUUUAUCUUCAGUGCUUAAAAUUUUUUUUUUUUCGUAUCUAUCACCAAUAAAGACAAGCUCCAACAUUGAUCACUAGAAUUAAGAUUUAAGAAAAAAGAGAUCUAUUUGGUAACAAAUUGUAAACAUAACCUACAGUACAUAAUAUGAACGAAAUAAGAGAGAUAAUGUGAUUUCAUUUUCUGUAAUCGGUUAUUUUAUCUUCAGUGCUUAAAAUGUAUUUUUUUUCGUAUCUAUCACCAAUAAAGACAAGCUCCAACAUUGAUCACUAGAAUUGAAUUGCAUCAUAUUAUUUGAUCUGAUUCUUUGAUCUGACUAUUUGAUCGUUGCUCUAAUAAACGCAAUUCCA